GUGGCCGCAGAGGGACGGCGCUACGGCUCCCACGCUGGGCCAAACGCCGCCGGCCGCCGGGCGCGGGAGACCCUGUCCCUUCGGGGCGGCCCCGGGCCGGGACGCUUGAGGGUCCGGGCUGCGCCGUCGGCACCAUGCGGCCGCCCUGCUCCUGGAGUCCCGAGGGACAGGGGGCCGCGCGGCUCGGGACGCCGGCGCGGAGAGGGCAGCCGGCCCCAGCCUCCCCCGGUGCUCAGCCUCGGCCGCCCAGGCCCAGGCUCCCACGACGCCUAUGCUGACCGCCGCCGGGACUCUGCCACCGCCUCGAGCUAGCGCCGCCGCCUGGACCCGAUGCCGGUCAUGCCCAUCCCCCGGCGGGUGCGCUCCUUCCACGGCCCGCACACCACCUGCUUGCACGCCGCCUGCGGCCCGGCGCGCGCCUCCCGCCUGGCCCGCACCAAGUACAACAACUUCGACGUGUACGUCCGGGCGCGCUGGCUCUACGGCUUCAUCCGCUUCCUGCUGUACUUCAGCUGCAGCCUCUUCACGGCCGCGCUGUGGGGCGCACUGGCCGCCCUCUUCUGCCUGCAGUAUCUGGGCGUCCGCGUCCUGCUGCGCUUCCAGCUCAAGCUGUCGGCGCUGCUGCUGCUGCUGGGCCGCCGGCGCGUGGACUUCCGCCUCCUCAACGAGCUGCUGGUCUACGGCAUCCACGUGACCAUGCUGCUGGUCGGGGGCCUGGGCUGGUGCUUCAUGGUCUUCGUGGACAUGUGAGGGUGCCGCGGGCUCCUCUGGGGGCGGCUGAUGGCGACCUGGCUGUAGCUGCACCUGCGAGGGGUGCUCUUCUUGCCGGGAUCGGUCAGGGCCCCUUCUGCCCCGUCCCAGAGGAGCGACCUCCGGAGUGGAAAGAGCGGAGACUUUUCUGUGAAGGGGACGCUGGCGCCCUCGCUCCUGCUGGUCUUUGCUUCAGCCCUUCUCUGUGUGCUUUCGGUGCAGCAUCCCCCAGGCCACCUGCUUGUGGUUCCACCUGCGCUUUCCCAGCAAUUCCAGAGGGGACCCAUCGGUCCAGUCUGUACUUGGAGAGCCCGAGUCCCUGUCCCUCUCCAGGACACCGGCAUCACCAGUGUUGGUGUGAGAGGCCCCUGGGAAGGGUGUGGUAUGCUGGUGCAGACCUGGAGGGGGCUUCUCCCAGCUGCCCUGUCCCCUCCUGUGCACCCCCAGCCCCUGCGCCAGCCUUAGGGAAGCGUCAGGCUCCACCAGCUGACGCCCUGCACUGCCACCAAGCUCUUCACUCCGCCCUGGGCCACCAAGUGCUGGCUCAACCCACAGACUGUCCUCCAUAUGUUACCCUGUGAGGUGUCCUGAGUUCCAGACCGGGCUUCCGUGUCACCUGGGUUCACUUGGCAGGUUGCUAGAUCAGGAGAGGGCGUGCUGGUUCCAGGGCAUGCCUGUCUUCCUCCUGGGCAGGUCUGCUGAGAAUGUCGGCCAGAUGACAUCUCUUCAAGUGUGACUUUCUGAGGCGGGCACCUCAGUGUAUUUGGGGCUUUGGGGGUGGGGGUGGGGGUUUCAGCCUCUUCCCUGGAGAGAACGUCCAGGAUUGAGGCGUGUGUGUUGCGAGCAGAUGUCAGAGGUGGACCGAGUGCUGCGCGUAAGAAUCACCUCUUGCAGUCAUGGGCACACCAGGCUGGGCCGCCAGGUGAGGGACUCGGUGGCCCUUGCUCCUGCCUCGGCGGCUGUUACAGCAGCUGGGAGUGCAGAGCAAGGGUGAAUGUGGGCCAGGAAGGAACCAGUGGGCCAGAGUGGUUCUGAUUGCAGAGAGGACAUACCAAAGGGCUCAAGCCUCGCCCCUCCCCUCCCCCGCCUCCAUCAGAUGAGGUCAGGGUGGCCUUGGGCCUCGUAGGCAGGUGAGGGGCACUCUGAUUCAGCUGGGACAACAGCCAGAGGCAGGACUUAGGGCUUCCGACGGGCGACUUGCAGGCUCAUGCUGCUCCACCCCGAGUUGUCCCCACAGCCCCAGGCGCGGGCAGUGGCCCCUUCAGCCCGCUCUGUCCAGGCUGCCUAGUGGCCAGGGGGGCUGUCAGGGCAGUUGUGUGCCGCUGGAAGAAAAACCCAAAUCAGGUAAAGAAAGCAAAAAAUAACUUGGCUGCAAGCCAUGCUUUUUUAUCUGUAGCCAGCUUCUGUCAGGCGAUUGUCCACUCAAGGUCAGCGGUGGGCUCCUCGGAGGGAGUGGGGAGCGAGUCCGAAUUACCUGGACGGCAGGCGAGGACCCGAUCAGCGUGGACCCCACUUCUCAGCGCUGCAGAGAAUCUUUUGCACUAAGUCAUGCUGUUUCCUGAAAGCUUUGUUUCGUGUCAGUUGACUCCUGUUAACUCUGAGGCCCCCCCUCCCCAGGUGGGCAAGUGCCCAUGGGGCUGGGGGGGGUCACAGUGGUGCGGACACGCUGCUUGGUGUCCUCAGUGCCUGUGAAAUUCUUUAUGAAAUGAGCCACCUGCAUUAAACUUAUUUUUUUA